AUGAUACUAAACUUAGGUGUUGCUUUAGUUUUGGCUACUUCUGCCAUUGCUUCUUAUGUUCCUUCCGAGGCAUGGUCGACUCUUACGCCUGACCAGACCUUGAGUGGUGCUACUACUGACUACGAUACCACAUUUGGUAUUGUCGUCAAUGCAAUUUCAACAUCAUCUUCUGCUACUACUACUGCUGCUAACCAGAAGAGAGAUGUUGCUUCUCAGGUUGGUGAUGGACAGGUUCAGGCUACCACUUCUGCUAAAGCCACUGCUAGUAAGGUUACUGUUGCCUCGCAAAUUAGCGAUGGUCAGAUCCAGGCUACAUCUGCUACUAAGGCAGGUGUUGUUUCUCAGAUUGGCGAUGGUCAGAUUCAGGCUACAUCUGCUACUAAGGCAGGUGUUGUUUCUCAGAUUGGUGAUGGCCAGAUUCAGGCCACUACUGCUACUAAGGCAGGUGUUGUUUCGCAGAUUGGUGAUGGUCAGAUUCAAGCCACUACGAAGACUACUAAUGGUGCUUCCCAGAUUGGUGAUGGCCAGGUUCAGGCUACCACUGGUGCUUCUGAGAUAUCUGAUGGUCAGGUCGAAGCAACCGGCUCUGCCGAUUCCACUGGUGUCAACUUAGAAUCUUGCAAGUCCGAUGGCUCUUUGGCUAUGACUUUAAAUGCUGGUAUAUUAACUGAUAGCAAGGGCAGAAUUGGCUCUAUUGUUGCUAAUGAUCAGUUCCAGUUCGACGGCCCACCUCCUCAGGCUGGUGCCAUCUAUGCUGCUGGAUGGGGUAUUUCUUCUGAAGGAAACUUGGCAAUUGGUAACACAACAACAUUCUAUCAAUGCUUGUCUGGAACUUUCUACAACUUGUAUGACAAGUCUAUUGGAAGUCAAUGUCAUCCUGUCAACCUAGAGGUUGUCGAUCUUGUCGAAUGUUAA